AUGACGAUUAAGUUGGAACCAUCAAUAUUCUGGACAGAUAGCCAAACUGUUCUAAAAUACAUAUCAAAUGAGAAGGCUAGAUAUCCUGUGUUUGUGGCUAACCGCGUUGCAGUUAUUCGUGAUGGAUCAACAUUGGACUCAUGGCGAUAUGUGCCAGGAAAACUUUAUCCUGCCGACCAUGCAUCCAGGGGACUUAAGGCACAAGAUCUGAUGAGACAUAAGGAAUGGAUAUCAGGGCCGGAUUUCUUGGCUAUGAGCCAGAAGGAAUGGCCUGUUAUGGAAGAUAUACCACCCAAUGGCAAUACAUCGCACAAUGACAUCCAGGAAAGCCAGUGCAACGCAAUUGGAGUCAACGAAACAAUAUAUCAAUAUGACAGUCCUUUGAAUAGAUUAUUACGACACUACUCCGAUUGGACAAAAUUGAAGAGAGCUGUGGCAUACUAUAUCAUUCUAAAAGACCUGCUCCGAAAGGUGAAGGAAAGUCAUCUACUUACGGCUAGGAAUCUGGAGGAAGUUGAGAUUGCUAUAAGCAAAUAUGUGCAAACCACAAAUUUCCCUCAAAGGGAAUUGGGUAAAGGCAGCAAUCUAACUAAACUAAACCCUAAACUAAAUGAGGGAAUUCUAAGAGUUGGGGGGGGGGGCAGAAUUGAAAAUGCACCCAUCCCCGAAAAUAUGAAACACCAGAUCAUUCUUCCAAGAGAUCAUCAUGUGACUACCCUAAUCAUCCAACACAUACACAAAAGGAUUGGCCAUAAAGGAUUAAAUCACGUUCUGUCAGUACUAAGACAGAAGUACUUGGUAUUGAAAGUUGGAACACUAGUCCGGAGCAUUGUGAAGCAAUGUACUAUUUGCAGGCGUGUAAAAGCAAAGUCCAUUGAGCAGUUAAUGGCUAAUUUGCCUGCGGAACGUGUACAACCUGACGCACCUUUUGCGAAUACAGGCAUAGACUACUUCGGCCCCUUCGAAGUGAAAUAUGGAAGGGCCUGUAGAAAAAGAUACGGGGUAAUCUUCACAUGUAUGGCAUGCAGAGCUGUACAUAUUGAAGUACCUGCAUCUAUGGAUACCAGUUCCUGUAUUAAUGCUUUGCCCCGUUUUAUAGCAAGGCGUGGCCAAGUGAAACACAUUACCUUAGACAACGGCACAAAUUUUGUGGGGGCCGAGGCAGAAUUUGAAUGCAUUGAUAAGAAGAAGAUGCAAGAAUUUGCACGCAAACCGAGGGAUAGAAUGGAAAUUUAA